UUGUUUUCACCCUUUUCAAUUUGCCAUCACUCAUCACUCAUAUAUUCUUCUCAUUGUUCAUUGAAGCCGCAGUGGAGUGUCAAAGAGAAAAUAAAUAUGCAUCACUUGAAGCCAGCUAAAAGCAAACUUCAUGAUAUUGAGGCAGGAAAAGAGACGACCAACCGGCCACUUUGCCCGAAGCCUCGGCGGCCGGGGCCAGCCAUUCCUGAGUUUCUCAAGCCCCACAGAUGCAGCAAACACAGCCAAGUGAGUACUGAAGAUGGAAGAGUUGAGGUUUUGAACAUGAUUGGUGAAAAGCAGAUUGAAGGAAAGGAGUCAGUUUGCAGUGGGUGCUCUCCUUCUUGCUUCUCAGGAUCUCCUCCUGGAAGGGCUGAAAACCCUUUGGUGAAUGAUGUGCAGUUCAUUCAUCAGAUGGAGUUGCUUUCGCCAUUUACAAGAACCAAGCUUUCUGAUAAGUUUGGGAUCACUUCUGCCUCACCAGUUUGAGUUAUCAGUUGAAGAAAAUUGGGUUAAAAUUUUGAGGCCUUUGUUUUUCUUCUAUAGUAGUAAUUUAGUGUAUGUUGUAUUUUAUGUAUUUGUAGCUAAUAUGAAAAAAAAGAGACCCAGAUGUGCCUUUUGUACA